AUGGCCUCCUCCCUCCACGCCUCCCGCCUCCUGGCGACCGGCUCCCCAUCCCCCCUCCUCCGCCGCCUCACCCGACCCUCGCGACCCCUCUCGACAACAUCCUUCUCCUCGACCCUCCUCCCCUCCGCGCUCUCCGCUCCCACACCCGCCGCCUACCCCAAAUCAUGCCUGCGCAACGGCACGACUCGCGUCUCCAAAUUCCAACACCCCAGCGCCCGCCUAGCCGUCAGCUUCGCCCGCACCGCGACCACAAUCCCCAGCAAACCCGCGCCCGCGCAACCCGCCGAAGAAACCACCACCUCUCCCGCCAGCACAAGCUCUUCCACGCUAACGAACAACACCCCCGAGGGAUCUACCUACAUCGACUCGCCCGAGGGCUCCCCCUACGCAAACGACUGGGACGUCGAUUGGUCGACUUCGUUCCACGGCAUCGCCUCGGCGCCUUUCUCCCCCGAAGUCGCGGAGAUACUUCGCCGGCCUAUUAAGACGAAGGACGUGGAGAUUAAACCCGACGGCAUAUUGUACCUCCCCGAGAUCAAGUACAGGAACAUCCUCUUUGACGCUUUCGGACCUGGUGGUUGGGGCAUGGUGCCCAGGGGUCCAGUGGUUGUAGGCGAGAAGAUUGUCACGCGCGAAUGGGCCCUCGUCGUCCAAGGACGAUUCAUUAGCCAAGCCCAAGGCGAAAACACCUACUUCUCCAAAGAAACCAUCCCCCGCGCCGUCGAAGCCUGCAAAUCCAACGCCCUCAUGCGCUGCUGCAAGGACCUCGGUGUCGCUUCCGAGCUCUGGGAUAAGGCCUACAUCCGCACCUACAAGUCCACCUUCGCCGAGGAGGUCUGGGUCGAGCACGUCACCACCAAGCGCAAGAUUAAGAUCUGGAUCAAGAAGGGAGAUUCUGUUGAGUAUCCUUUUAGGAAGACUGGUGCAGCGUCGUAUAAGCCGGCUGCUGCGCCGGCGGCGAGAUAA